AUGUGGUGGAUUGAAAAUCUCCACCGCUUCCCUGCCGGCUUCACAGAGUGCAGAGCGCUCAUAUCGGAACGAAUCCCUAAGAUACCUCGAUCUAUCAGCGACAAGAUCGUAGACCUGUUCUGCGCAGGCAACACGCCACUCUCGGCUUUUGUGAAAGGGAAUGAAGACGACGACUGUUGUCUUAUUCGUCCCUACUUGGGGCGACGAAGAGAGCGCGAAGCAACAAACACAUCGCGCUUCCAGCGGUUCAGUCUCAGGAACGUUCCAUUACACAUCAAUCAGAUGGAAGACCUCGGCCUUGAUUACGUCGCCUACGCGCAGACUAUGGCGGAUGCGCUUGCUGUGAUGCACUGGGGCGCCAAAGUCGAUGCCAAUGACGUCGAGUUCGUGCUUGCACCUCCGCGAGCCUCAUCAUCGUCAUCAUUCCCAUCACACUAUCUCGGCGAACACGUCAUGUGGAUUCUGGACUUUGACUGUGUGAGGCACAUGUCUAUGGACGAAGCUGGGCUGAAGCAGGCGUGCGCAGCGUUCAUGAGAAACGAUCCUUUCUACCCACGACCGGACGGCACUGAGAGUGCUGAUGGGGCGUUAUGGUGGUUCUUUAGGCAGAGGUUUCUGGACACUAGUGCGGAGAUAUUGGGAGAUGGGUGCCCAUAUGCGGGUUUGCCGCGGAGACUAAUGGAGAUGAUUGAGGAGGAAGGCUGUAGGCGACGGAAGAAGAAAGAGGAGCUCCAAGAGCGGGAUGAAGACACAGAACAGGACUAG